AAAAAGAUCUAAAAUAUAUUAAAGGUAUGGUAAAUAUAUUAUCUUGGUAUGCAAAUAUGUGUGCCAUGAUUAUUUUGCCUAGGCAUUCAAGGUUUUGUUUCCAUGACUACAAUUCACUUGUUUUUGAUUCAAUAUCAAUUUAUCAAAAAAUUAUUUUUAAAAUGUCUGUGAAUAAUAAAGUUGAUGUUAACACAAAACUGAAUGCAAAUGACUUGUUAGAUUUGAACAAAACUUUGCAAAAUAAUGUGGACCAAGAUAAAAUAUAUUGGCUGAGAAAUGAUGCCAAGAUGAGAGCUGUUUACAGCUCCCAAAACUAUGAUGAAUUUAGAGAUAUAGUUGACGCUGCUCAUUUAACACCACUUGAUAAAAAGAAAGAUAAGAUUAAUGCAGGAAAUGCAAAAACAGUCUGGAAUAAAUAUGCUUCCAAAGAUGAAGAUGAAUAA